AUGGGGGGGGAUAAUGCCCCCGGUGCAGUUGUACGAGGGGCUGCUCUUUCUGUUGCCAAACGCCCAGAACUAAAAAUCCUUCUUUUUGGCGACAAACAAAAGCUCUCUCCCUUGAUUGAAAAAAAACCUUCUUUAAAAGGGCGCGUUGAGCUAACUCACACAUCUGAAGUGAUCUCAGCAGAUAUGAAACCUUCUGCCGCCUUGCGUGGAUCUAAAAAUUCUAGCAUGCGCUUGGCAAUUGAAGCUGUAAAAGAGGGGCGUGCUGAUGCUGUCGUUUCUGCUGGCAACACGGGGGCUUAUAUGGCCCUUUCAAAAAUUUCACUUCGUACACUUAAAGGAAUUGAUCGCCCUGCAAUUACAACUGUCCUUCCCUCAAUAACAGGAGAUGUUGUAAUGCUUGACCUUGGUGCAAAUGUUGAAUGUUCUCCUGAAAACUUAGUUCAAUUUGCCAUUAUGGGUGAAGUAUUUGCGCGAUGCGUUUUAGGAAAAGAUAAUCCUUCUGUAGGCCUUUUAAAUGUUGGUGUUGAAGAACUUAAAGGAAAUCCUACGGUGCGUGAAGCGCACGAAUUCUUGAAAACGAACAACGUUGUCCCUAAUCUAUAUGGAUUUGUUGAAGGAGAUGAUUUUGCAAAAGGAACAGUUGAUGUCUUAGUGACAGACGGCUUUACAGGCAAUGUUGCUUUGAAAUCUAUAGAAGGAACUGUUCGCUUAGUCACAGGGUAUCUGCGUAAGAGCUUAAAAAAAUCCUGGCUUACUCGUCUCGUAUCACCUUUAUUCCUACCUAUUCUACAGUCCUUACGUCAAAAGUUAGACCCACGACGCCAUAAUGGCGCUAUCUUUCUUGGCUUGAAUGGUAUUGCUGUUAAAAGUCAUGGUGGAACAGAUGCCUUUGGUUUUUCACAUGCUGUAGGAGUCGCUGUUGACAUUGUAAACAAUCGAGUCAAUGAUCGCAUUUGUGCAGAGCUUAAAGACUCUGAUCGUUUGGCAGCAGCUAAACGAAGUAGUACUUCAGAAUAA